GCGCCGCCGGCGGGAGCGCGGUGCUGCCCGACUGCCGCCCAUCGCCCCCCACCGCCUCCCAUCGCCCCCCACCGCUCUGCUCCGUCCGGCCAUGGGCAACGCCGAGUCUGUCGUACGCGGCGCCGCCGGCGUGGACACAAGCCACCAGGCGCGCUCCGUCUCCAGCCGCCCCUAUUACAGUUUGCCCAACAGCAGCCAUGAGAGACGCUCGGUCCUUGCUAUUGUGGAGCCGCUGCGUUUCCACUCCCAAGCUAAAGGCAAGAAUGUGCGUCUGGACGCUCACUCCCGCAAGGCCACGCGGAGGAACAGUUUCUGCAAUGGGGUCACCUUCACCAACCGGCCCAUCCACCUCUAUGAGAAAGUCAGGCUGAAGCUGGUGGCUGUGCACCAUGGCUGGAGUGGGGCCCUACGCUUCGGCUUCACCAUUCACGACCCAUCGCAGAUGAGCUCUGACGAAAUACCAAAGUACGCCUGUCCGGACCUAGUGACCCGACCUGGAUACUGGGCCAAAGCUUUGCCAGAGAGGUUUGCUGUGAGAGACAAUAUCUUGGCCUUCUGGGUUGACCGUCAUGGGAGAGUCUUCUACAGUAUUAAUGACGAGGAGCCAGUAUUGUUUCACUGUGGUAUUAAAGUUUCCAGUCCUCUCUGGGCACUCAUAGACGUCUAUGGAAUUACAUAUGAAGUGCAAAUACUAGAUAGCAUGUUUGCGGAGACCAUGACCACUGCCCGUCUCAGCACGGCCCGUCUCAGCACUUGCCUUCCACAGAGCAACCAUGAUUCAGCCAACUUCAAUAACAAUGAACUGGAGAAUAACCAAGUGGUGGCCAAAAUUGCAAAUCUAAACCUAAGUCGGGUUCCAGGACUUGCGACAGACAACCAUAUCAUCCCCUGUUGCCCAAACCGACGGCACCAUGCCCAGGGAGUCCCAGCCUUCCUGGACACAGACCUACGAUUCCACCCCACCCAUGGACCUGACAUCACCUUUUCUCAGGACCGGAUGGUUGCAUGCACCAACUGGCAAGAAAGCAAUAGGACUUUGGUGUUUUCUGACCGGCCCUUGCACAUCAGUGAAAGCCUCUUUGUGGAAAUAGGACAUCUGGGGUUGCCAUACUAUGGGGCCCUUUCAUUUGGCAUCACUUCUUGUGAUCCGAGUACUUUACGGACAAAUGAGCUCCCAGCAGAUCCAGACUUUCUCUUGGACCGCAAGGAGUACUGGGUGGUUUACCGAGCAUUCCCAGUCCUCAACAGCGGCGACAUUCUCAGUUUCGUGGUCUUGCCAAACGGAGAGGUGCACCACAGGGUGAAUGGAGCCAGCCGAGGAAUGCUGAUGUGCGUGGACACCUCACAGUCUCUCUGGGUGUUUUUUACAAUACACGGUGUAAUCAACCAGCUCAAAAUAGUGGGCACUGUGCAGUCCAGCCCAGUGACCGUCUCUCCCUCAGGAUCCCCUGGCGGCUCGCAGUAUGACAGCGACUCGGACAUGGCCUUCAGUGUCAACAGGUCGUCAUCUGCUUCAGAGUCAUCGCUCGUGACUGCUCCCAGCUCUCCCCUGAGCCCCCCCAUCUCUCCUGUCUUUCCCCCUCCGGAGCCUUCAAGCAGCAAGAAUGGGGAAUGCACUGUCUGCUUUGACAGCGAGGUGGACACGGUGAUCUACACCUGUGGACACAUGUGCCUCUGCAACACCUGUGGUCUUAAGCUGAAGAAGCAGCUCAAUGCCUGCUGCCCAAUCUGCCGACGGGUCAUCAAAGAUGUUAUUAAAAUAUACCGCCCUUAGCGCCCGGCUCGGGCUGUAGGAAGGGGGAACGCCACUAGCAGUAACCAUGCCUUUCCGUCCCUGCUUAUGGGUUAUCGUGCUGGUCAGUCGUUAUCAAGUGGCUCGUUAUCUGUGUUUCCUUAUUUGACUGGUAGGGCACAAUUCAGGGAUAAAAUUGAGCUGAGGAUCAUGUGGGGCCCAAAGGCACGGCUGCCAUGGCAGCCAGGCUGUGAGCCCAUGGGCAAUCCAGGGAAUUGCAGUCUGGACCUGACCCAGCUGCAAAUGAGAAAUUUCUCGUGCAAAGGCUCUUUUUUUCUUCCUCCUCCUCUGGAGGAGGCUUGCUGUGCUGUAGAUUGGGAAGGGGAGGUUGCCACUUGGUCAGUACUGGGUGCCACUGGGCUUCCCAACCCCGAAACCCCAACAGCUCUGGGCUGCUGCCGGGUGCUUGCACUGUGGUGGAACAAAAUUAGGACAAGGCCCAGUGGGAGGGUUCAAAGUGGACAAAACUGAUCUGAACAUGUCACGUUCCUCUGUGUAAAGGGAACUAGCUAGAGCCAAAAUAGUACCACAGCUAGAUUCUCACUUGUUUGGGUUUCACCCCUGUGAACAGGCUUCUGGGGCACGUGGAGAAGCUGGUCUGGACUUAGAUAAAGCAGCUUUUGCUUUCUGUAGCAGAGCAGGGACUUUAGGCCAGAGAGGCUGAGACCUGGGGAGCAGCCACAGGGUAGCAGCGAGGAGCACGAGCUCACUGAGAGCACCAGCCAACCUCAACUGCUGCAACAGCGGUGAUGGAGCAGUUUGCAGCAGUGGUGGGCUGUUCAGGCACUGCCUGUAUGUCUGGCUCCUGAAACCAUAAAUUGCAGCCUGUGGCUGAAAGGGGCGUUUGGAUGGGCACACUGGAAUCCUGGCUUAGAAAAAGCAUGGGGCUACCACCGUCUGCAAUGAUGGUGUUUGUCACCUCCAGGCACACACCUACAUUUUGGUCUGCUCCUCUUCACAGGUGGCACAGCUGCCAUCUCACACCAUCCUGUCUGGCUCUCCUCCCCUAGCCCUUCCCCUGCAGCCAGUGCUGCAGCGGGGCUCAGCCUUCCUCCUGCCCCUUUGGAGCCUGGGGUGAGAAAUUCAUUUCUGACCCAGUCCCAGCAGGCUCACGUUUUUUCUGGGGACUGUGUAUGUGCUGAUUUUAUCUGCUUUUUCUCCUGCCUUUCCAGGUUUCCCAGCACAGCUGCUUGGACACUGGGUCCCAACAGUAGAUGAGAACUUGUGGAGACGAAUAGGGAUCUGUUUCACUUGGCUUUACUUGGGAGGAGGAAAGAAAAAGGCUCUGUGGCUAUUAUUAGAUGUUGGGAGUUGAAAGGUAAAUGGGUUUUAGCUGUGAUAUUAGACAGCUACAAGCAGCAGCAGCCUGGAUGAGCUGGGCAGCAUCUGAGCAUGCAGCAUUGGGUCUGGUGCGAGGAGCUUGGUGUCCUCCUCCCUGCUGCUCUCACAGGAGCUGCCCUCCAUUCGCCAUCCUCUGCCCUCUGCCCAUUUACACGGCUCCUAUCCAGUCCUUCAGCCUGAGCCUGGCCGGCUUCCUGCUGGUCCAGGUUCGUAAACAGGAAGAGAGAGGGUGCAAAUGGGAUGAUGAGAGAGGGGCUGAUGUCAUUCUAGCUCAGUGACCAUGUGCCACUAAGUGCCUGAGAAUGGCUUUCUUCAGAAAGGUCCAACUACCACAUUUUAGUUCAAAAACAAACAAGAAGAAUAGCAGCCCCUGUACAUUUCAGGGAUUCCAGGCACAGAGGGGCAGCCUGACGUUGUCAGUGUCUGUUGCCUCACCUCCCCGCUCACUCUCUCCUCCGAGGCGCCGGUAGCCAUGGGUGCACUGCCACCUCUUGUGGCACCACUGCCUGGGUGGUGGUUUGGCGGUGCUGUGCUUGGUUUCCAGUUGGCACACAGCUCCGUCCCAGCCCCACUCUGCCAUCAGAGAGAACACACCCAGGGGAGGUCAUCCUCCUGCUGCAGCAGGCUGUGGCUGCCAGCUCCCAGGGAAUGAAGAAAACAUUUUUUUUCCUUCAAGAGCUAAUUAACAUUUUAAUUGUGUAUAAAUGAGAGGCUGCUGUAGAGCGAGAUCUCUCACCCAUUGCCCUGCUGCACUGGCACGAGAGCCUGCUGGCUUUGCAGAGCCCUUUUUGGAAACAGCUCGCUGACUGUGCUGCUGCUGCGCUUGCUCAGCCCUUAGCAGAGCCACUGGCACUGCAACUGUGGCAUGAGUUCACUUACACCUUUGCAAAAGGAAGCAGCGAGGGCAGCUUUCCAGCAGCUGGAGCCUCGCUCAGACCUCCAGGCUGCGUUUCACACAGGGACCACAGAUAUUGCCUUUGCAGACCACAGUCCAGCUGUGCUGAGUGAGCACAGCACUAAGCGUGAUGAUGGAGAAGUAUGUGAGCAUGGUACGAAAGGCCAAGCGCGUUAGUGCCUGCCUGGUGAUUGGGCUGCAGUGGGACGCCUUUGCAUAAUGAGGAAUUCAAGGAAAGUUGUCUGAAUCCACAGCGAGUGAUGUUAGCUUGGAUCAGCUCUGGGCUAGCAAACACCAGCCUAGCAAAAAACAGGCUGCUGCCCUGGUUUCAGGGUGCCCAGUUCCUUUUGGUGGCUGCACACAGUUACGUGCAUGGGCAGAGCAGAGCCCAUUUGCUUUGCUGACAGCUCAGGUCCUCAAUGAGCGGGGCUAAUUGCAUACCUGCGGUGGGUUUUUGGGGUUAGUUGGUUGUUGGUUUUUUUUGGUGUAGUUCUUUUUUUAUUUUAAGCCAGCAAGGAGAAAUACUGAAUCCACCCCAGGCUGUGUAUGAGCUGUGCGGGACACCUUGCACAGGUUGAAUUUCUUGCUGUGGCAGCUGAGACCAGUUUCCAGAAGGGCAGCAUCCAGCAGGGCCAGCAAGGGAGCCACCUCAGUCAGGGCAGUGACAGGAGUCAGGGUCCGGAGUGCGGCCAUGCAGCGAGCAGUGAGAACAGUGGAUGUGUCUCCCUGACUGUCUGAAAGCGACAUAAAUUUUCCAGAAUAGGCCUCUUAUAAAAGAUUUCCAGGAAAAGGUAGCCUCUUACAGAUUUAAUUGUUAGUACUCGUAUUGCUAUUUUUUUUAAACAGUCCAAUGAUAUAUGAUUUGUACAGAAGAUCUGUUUGUGCCUUAUAAGGGUGUCUGUGCACUUUUUAUCCUUUUUAAAGCAACUUUUAAAAAGAAAAAAAAAUGGGGAGAAAACAACACAGAUCAAUGGUAGUUUUAUAGAUUUUGUGUUCACUGAGAACCCUGCUUUUUUUAAUAUAUAUAUCUUGGAGUGAAAAAGUGUUUAUUUCCAUGGAUUCCUCCCCCCAACCUAUUUGUUUAAAAAUUAAAAAAAGGAAGAAAGAAAGAAAAAGAAGAGCUGGGGGGAACUCUUUUACCUUCCCCCUUUCUGAGACAGUUACUCUGUUAUUGUUACCUUUAUAAUUCAAUACUGUUACCUGUACAUCAUGUUUAAGCUGAAUCAGAUUUUGGACCUCUCUAUUAGGCUUUUCAAGGAAAUCAUUCUGGGGACCUGGGUGGGAGGGCAUCGCACGAGGGCGGGAACUGCACUUCUACAUGUCAGUGCGCUAUAGCGUUGUGUUCAGUGCUGUGUGUUUUACUUUUGUCCAUUUACCUGUUUUACAUUAAUAUAAUUUUACUUGUUUAUGAAACAAAUAAAACUUUGGCUUGUAAAGAGUG